CAUUGAAGUGAGUCAAGACUUUAACGCAGACCUCCAUUGUGAGCAUGUGCUUAUUGUAUGUUGUUUGAAGCGGCCGCUAGACGACAACAGUGAAGACGUUACAUCGGCGCUCUGAGCCAAUAGUAUCGACAGAGGUUUAAAGCCGUCGAUGGCACGCGGUGGUUCCUCACUUCCUGAAUGAAGAUGGCGGAUGAGAAUGAGACAGCACCGAUGCCGGAGAAAGAAGAUGUAGAGGACCACGGACACUGCAGCGACUGUGAAAAUGAAGAGCACCACUUCGACGACGGUGACAGGGGUCUGGGCGACGACACUGGCGCCAAGAAGAAGAAAAAGAAGCAGAAAAAGAAGAAGAAAUCUGGUGCCCCAGAGGCAGCUCAGGACCCCCUUGCCAAGGUGAAUUCAUUGCCAGCUGAUAAACUACAGGAGAUCCAAAAGGCCAUUGAACUGUUCUCUGUCGGCCAAGGCCCUGCCAAAACCAUGGAGGAGGCAACUCGGAGGAGUUACCAGUUCUGGGACACGCAGCCCGUGCCCAAGCUAGGGGAGACGGUGACAUCACACGGCUCCAUUGAACCUGACAAAGACAACAUUCGUGAGGAGCCCUACAGCCUCCCACAUGGCUUCAGCUGGGACACCCUCGACUUGGGGAACCCUGCUGUGCUCAAGGAGCUUUACACGCUUCUCAAUGAGAACUAUGUUGAAGAUGAUGACAACAUGUUCCGAUUUGACUACUCCUCCGAGUUCCUGCUCUGGGCCCUGCGGCCCCCAGGCUGGUUGCCCCAGUGGCAUUGUGGGGUGAGAGUUAACUCUAACCAGAAGCUGGUUGGCUUCAUCAGUGCCAUUCCUGCUAACAUCCGUAUCUACGACAUAGAAAAGAAAAUGGUUGAGAUCAAUUUCCUCUGCGUCCACAAGAAGCUUCGCUCCAAGCGAGUCGCUCCGGUUCUGAUCAGAGAAAUCACCAGACGGGUCAACCUGCAGGGUAUCUUUCAGGCGGUCUACACUGCUGGAGUGGUACUGCCCAAACCUGUGGGCACAUGCAGGUACUGGCAUCGCUCUUUGAACCCACGGAAGCUCAUCGAGGUGAAGUUCUCCCACCUGAGCAGAAACAUGACUAUGCAGCGUACCAUGAAAUUGUACCGCCUGCCUGAGGCUCCCAAGACUUCAGGUCUGCGACCAAUGACCAAGAAGGAUGUGCCGGUGGUUCACCGUCUGCUCCGUGAGUACCUGAGCCAGUUCAACCUGGUGCCCGCCAUGACCCCAGAGGAGGUAGAACACUGGCUGCUGCCCCAGGAGAAUAUUAUCGACACUUACCUAGUGGAGAACGAUGGCAAGGUGACUGAUUUCCUGAGUUUCUACACACUGCCCUCUACCAUAAUGAACCACCCUGUGCACCGCAGCCUAAAGGCAGCGUACUCUUUCUACAAUGUGCACACCACCACCCCUCUGCUCGACCUGAUGUCUGAUGCCCUCAUCCUGGCCAAAUCGAAAGGGUUUGACGUCUUCAAUGCACUGGAUCUAAUGGAAAACAAGACUUUCUUGGAGAAGCUUAAGUUCGGCAUUGGUGACGGGAAUCUACAGUAUUAUCUGUACAAUUGGAAGUGUCCCAGCAUGGGAUCAGAAAAGGUUGGGUUGGUGCUGCAGUGACAUCCCCUUUACGCCAUUAACAAGUGUCACCAACAAGCCAGGAGAGACCGCACCAUCGCACUGACCACCUGAUGGAUGGAUUGAUGACUUCCUGCUCCAGGAAAGGAAAAAAAAAAAACCCACCGCCCAUUUUUACUUUUUGACCUUUUGAACUUUGACCUGCACUACCGCUGCCAGGCGGGGAGGCAGAGAGAGUCUGCCUGCUCUUCCUCCUCCCUCGUUCACAUGGACCUUAAGCCAUUGUAGUUACCAUCCCAAACAACACAUAUGUCAUCUGAGAGCUGUCUUGAUUGUACCAAACACACAUACACACAAGAACAGUUGGCACAGUUUACUGGAUACCAAACACUCACUGUUGGCAUACCUACAAACGUACCAUACAUGUGUAAAUAAAAUCAAACAUUACUGCGGAUGAUGCCCUAACACAUACAGACUAGAAUCUACUGGUUUAUUUUAUUCAUAAGUGCUUUUUGCAAUUAAAAGAUAAAUGUCAUCAUUCAGUUUUAGAGAAAAAAAGAAAAAUCAAAAUGAUCAAAAAAUAUUUUAAAGAGGAAAAGGCUCAAAAAGGUGAGGUAAUAAAUACCCAAAGUGGACACCAGAUAAGGGCUUCUGUUAAGAUUUCUCUUGUCAUGCUUGACCCUGUCUUCUUUUUUAUUUUUCUCAUCAAACCCUCUGUUCUGCCAGUCAUUAAGGAGCUGUUUCAGCUUUAAUUGAAGAAGAUGUUCAUGCUGUUUGUCUUCUGGAGUUCUUCUCAUCUGUAUUAACUAUCAUGACCCUCUUCCUCCUCCUCCAGCUUACUGCACUAACAGAAGAAGCUCUGAAACACAGACUGAUAAUAACAAUGAACCAGCUCAGUUGGAGUAAAAAAAAAAGAAGAAAAAUCAGAAUCAUCAGUCGUGGUUGAGUUGGACUGCCACACAGGAGGUUGAAGGCAUUCUGACGGCAUCGACACAACAUAUUUAUCAGCAGGGAUCAGAUUUGUAAUGACACCUCUUGAUUUAACUGUGCCCCAGUUUCAAUGUCCACCCUACUGGAAAGGUCUGCAGGGGCUCAGGUCGAAAUCAGAUUGAAUGUGCUUUGCCAGCAUGUUUGAAGACUUUUUGAGCUUAUUGAGUUGACUUUGCUUGAGGGAAUCACACAGAAAGUCUUAAAUAUUCAUAAAAAAAUAAAAUGCAUAAAAGAAACACAUGGCAAAAGCUGAAUGAUCUGCCUUUAUGUUUACAUGCGCAUAGCAUAUUAUGUUUAGUCUUUGCUGUGUAAAGGGCAUGAUCAGGGUUUGUGUUUGUCAUAUUAUGAAGUAACAUCAUUAUGCUUUCAUAGGCUUUAUUCAGGAGACAACACACAUGAUAGUAUUGGACAACAUAAUAUGAAAUAUGAGUAUUUUCUUGGAGUGUUUCACCUCAAUAAAAUGUUUUGUUCAGGUGAGGUUGUGAGGAUUCUGGGUGGAUGUUGCAACUGGGCCCACAAAAAGUAGUCUAGCUUGUGCAGGGUGAAUGGUAAAGGUGAUGAUGUUUCUUAUGUACAAUGUUGGUUCUUUUUGCAAACAGAUGUGGGUCUCAUGGUGUAUGAUGCGGGAAAUGACUGUGAAGAUGCAGGUGAUCUUUUUUUUUUUGAGCAAAAAAAUAAAAUCUAGAAGUUGCUGUGA